AUGCACUCGAGCAACCAGAACGAAUUUGGCGGUCAGAGCGCAGCGAGAACGUAUGACUGGUCCCGACCACGAAUACCACCAUUUGAUUCGCUUGGGCCUCGAUUCCCGGCCCUACCACCGCAACCGCAUCAAGUGCGUGACCGCGUGUCACCUUCUGUGGCAGUGCCAGCCUCGGCGACGACAAAAGAGCACGCAGCUGGCGUACAUGAAGUAGCUCAAGCAAAAGCGACGCCUCCGAGGCAACAGUAUCAUCAUAUGCACGUCGGGACGCCAGACGCGCGCCAGCAAAAGCUUACGAACAGAAAGUUUGAUGGGUCAGAGCUCUAUCGCGGACUGGGAUUCGGGUUCUUCGACUGGGGUCGGACUUUCGUGCGACAAGUGAACAUGGCGCAAGCGGCUUACGGCAUCCUCUGGUCCGAAGAUGUGAAAGUGGACCUGCUUGGUCACUACCUAAGUGGUACGACCGAGGCGUACUAUCACAAAUAA